UCGCGAUGGAGGUCAGAACGGGACGGAAGCUGGCCAGGAUGAGACAGCGCACAGUUGACGCCGACAGAGAGGAGGAGUUAGCCGCUGAUGCUGAUGUGUUGCUGCUUGGUACUGUUGCUGCGGCUUAUGGCAAAAGUAAAAAAUGUGGAAUUUCGACAUCAAGUAGGACGAAUCAUAAAUGCUCCUAUUGCAUGGCUUUUUCCCGCGCGCUCUGAUCUCCGGGAGAUGAUGAUGAUGACGACGACGACGACGGGUGGCGGUGGCGAUAUACAGCGGAGGCGAUUCGCCCUUAUCGGUUGGCGAGGGUGUCUCACAUGACGACAUGGUUGUUGUUAUCGAAUUAACGGAGUGAUUUUUAGUCGCUGAACGGAUCUCGGGAAGUGCGCGUACGGAAUUCUUGCUGCAGCUGCGGAUCAUUGCAGUCAAGUGUUUCAGAUCAGAAGCUGUCUCGGUGGUUGGGCAAAAAAUCGCCAAGUCCUACUGCGGGAGAGCUCGCGGAUGCAGAAAAAGUGCAAUCAUUUAACGGGAGAAAAAUCACAUUUGCAACGUUUGGCAAGAACUGCAGCAGCUGAGCUUCUGUGACGGACGAUCUGAACGAAUCGAACGACGACGUUGGCGAUUGUGAAUGGCGGUGGUCCAGUUCGUUGCUCUGCGACGACAAGUGCGAAGUUAAUUGAAUUUUUUUCGGUGCAUCGUGGUCGUUCGGAGUGCAAUCCAUUUGGUGGAUGCGCUUUCGUGAAACGUUUUUUUCCACCCGUGGUUUGCUGAUCGCGUGAUGCUGUGACAGUUGUUGAGCCAUCUUCAAUUAAUGUGCGAAAUUGAAAAGGAUUAACGUGUGACGUGCGUGUGAGUGCCUUUUUGGAUCUAACGACGAGGAAAAAAGGUCGAACACUGUUCGAUAGAGGAGUGUGUCAGCGGUGCAUCGUCAGAGAUCAAAUGAGAUAAUUUUAUUCGGUGGUUUUGGAAGAGGAAAAACAGUGGUGCGCCUACAUAAAGUGGAUGUUUUCGUUUCGAAACAUGGAGGGCUCGACGGUUCUUCAAGAUACUAAGCAAGGUUUCAACAAGACAUCGAUUGCCGAUUUCUACGACAAGUUGGAAAAGGACGAAAAUGGACUUCAGAGUGGGCGAGCUUUCGGCAUUCCGGACGACACCAGCCAUUCUGCGUUGGCAAGGGCGGAAAACGGGCUCUCCGGAAAAACAGAUCACCGAGGUUCGCCCAUAUCGUGCUACUCUCCACAGAAUCGACUGCUGCCGUGGCCUUCUCAGCAUCUGACGCCGGUAAGCGAGGGAGGCAGUGCCAGUGCUCGGAAAGCACAGAACCUGGGUCUGAUUUGUGUGGUUUGCGGUGACACCAGCUCUGGAAAACAUUACGGAAUCCUUGCCUGUAAUGGAUGUUCCGGGUUCUUCAAGCGCAGCGUCCGCAGGAAACUUAUUUACAGGUGCCAGGCUGGAACCGGUAACUGUACAGUAGACAAAGCACACCGGAACCAAUGUCAAGCGUGUCGAUUGAAGAAGUGUCUUAAUAUGGGAAUGAAUAAAGAUGCAAUCCAUGAGCCACGAAUAAAGCCAUCCAACUUAACAUCUGUACGCUUGCUGCCUUUCUACCCUAACCAAUCGGUCCAAAAUGAGCGUCAACCACGUAACACGGCAACAAUCAGACCGGAGGCUCUGCGUGAUAUGGAACAAGGACGUGCCCUACGGGAAGCUGCGGUCGCGGUUGGCGUUUUUGGUCCGCCGGUGUCGCUUGCGCUAUUAUCCCCUUCACGUUAUGGCCCCAGCAUCCUGCCAACCCCGGCGCUGCCAACUAGUCAAUUCCUGCAUCACCACAGUCAAGUCUCGUCGCUGGUCAACAGCCUUCCGCAUCACCACCCGCACCAUCCCCACCACGCCAUGCACGGCCUGGCCAACGGUCUUUCGUUGGGUCUCAACGGAGUCAGUGUAGCUAGUCACAAUGCGUCGGCGGCGGCAGCGGCAGCAGCCAUCGCAAGCGCCAACAGUAACAACAAUAACAACAGCCCCUUAGUUAGCAACAACAACCUGAGCUCUACGGAGAAUCUCAACGCCACCCAGUCAUCGAACCACUCCAACACGAGCGAACAGCACUCACCCAGCGGGGGAGGAUCUCCGGCGCAUCAAAACUCGAACGGAGCCUGCCCGAACAGCACCAGUGGUGGAGGCGCCGGCCAGGAUAACUCGCCGGUCAAACAGCACACCCACAGCACCUCUUCGUGUGGGUCAGCUAGCCCGAUCCUCCAGGAGGACACCAUGAACGAUAACGAUGAUGAUUCAAUUGACGUAACUAACGAUGAGGAUGCGGAUCCAGUGCAGAGUAACGUUACCAUUCCUAGUCUGGUGAAUCACCCGCUGUAUGGUCAGAGUCCGAUGUUCAACUUUCAAGAAACUAUCUACGAAACCAGUGCAAGACUGCUCUUCAUGGCCGUCAAGUGGGCCAAAAAUCUACCCAGCUUCGCAAGUUUGACCUUCAGGGAUCAGGUUAUCUUGUUGGAGGAAUCCUGGUCGGAACUGUUCCUGCUGAACGCAAUUCAGUGGUGCAUGCCGAUUGACACUUCUGCCUGUACGCUUUUCUCGCUAAACGAACACUGCUCCAGCGUGAAUAAUUCCGGAGUCUUCAAGCCGGGACAGCUAGCGCAAGAUUUGCGGGUUUUGAACGACACACUUUGCCGAUUCAAAUCGGUUCUGGUUGAUCCGGCGGAGUUCGCUUGCAUGAAGGCAAUUGUUCUAUUUCGGUCCGAGGCUCGGGGAUUGAAGGAUCCAGUUCAAAUCGAAAACCUACAGGAUCAAGCUCAGGUCAUGCUGGCGCAACAUUCCCGAACACAAUUUCCCGGUCAAAUUGCACGCUUCGGUAGGCUGCUGCUGAUGCUGCCGCUGCUUCGAAUCAUCAACUCGCACAAAAUCGAAUCAAUUUAUUUCCAAAAAACGAUCGGAAACACUCCCAUGGAGAAGGUUCUAUGUGAUAUGUACAAAAAUUAGCGACCAAACCUCGCACUGUUACUGGCACGGAUCUGUGAAUAUAGAAUUAGUUUAGCCUAAAAUGCACCAAACCAUAGCGAAACGAUUGCACGAACAGCGCACGUUCCACGACACGGAGCUGCCAAGCUUAAAAUGCACAUUAACCCACUCUAGGCCGCGGGAUGGUUUGGCGAGUGAACCGCCAGGAGACAGAUUCAAUUAUAGAUUUACCAGGGGACGAUUGUCAAUUUUCAUAAAAUUCUGCCUGCGUAGUAAAACAACGAAAUGGGGGAAAAAAUGUAUCCAAUUAGGAUGGUUUUGCGUAAUUAUUAGAUAGUUUUGUUUGUUUUUUUUUGUGCCACGGUGCAUGACCGCACCAAACCCAGAUUGAGUUCAAACCCAUAAAGCAAGGGAAUCAGAAGCAAAAAAGUGUAAAAUUAUUUGUAUUGUUAUAUUUUCUCAUGUUGCAAUUGCAGACGCUAGUCGUUCACGAUUACCGUGUUUAGCUUUUAACAGUAGGUCGAUAAUUAAACGUUGUACAAUUCAAAUUGAAGCACGUAUAAAGUAACGUUCCAAAUUGUAGUGAAGUUUUUCCACUAAAACUAUUAACAAUGCAACUACUGGAAAUCGACUUGCCAAGAAAUGUGAUCUUUCCAAGCAUUCCUAUAGUUGAUUGACCGCCUUCUUCUUCUCAUUGCAUCGGAGCCUAUAGUGUUGAUUAAGCACUUCCGCGGUUGUAGUCUGUAAGAUUUCUAACUCAAGCUACUAUUUUUGCAUUAGUAAUCGAACUCAGUCACCUUCAGCAUGGUCUUGCUUUGUAGCCACGCAUCUUACUGCAGUUAGUUGACCAAUCCUAAUGUAAUCCUAACUGAUUUACUUAUACAAAGUAUUCCUAUCAUGUACUUCGUCUUCGAUGUGUUGAUGACUAGUCCGAUCCGCUUGGCUUCCCUCUUCAGUCCGAUGUAGGCUUCCUCCAUCUUCUCAAAGUUACGUGCCAUAAUAUCUAUGUCGUCGGCGAUGCCAAAUAGCAGGACUGACUUAUUGAAAAUUGUACCACUCGUGUUAAUCCCUGCUCUUCGUAUUACCCCUUCCAAAGCGAUGUUGA